GCUGAAGUUAGAGAAGUCACUUUUGAGAAGGCACAGAGCAACUAACGCAUACUGAAACUGACCUGAACUAGCAAUGUACUCCAGAACAAACAGCCUGGUCUUCUCACUGCCAGCGAACACUUUCUUCCAGCCGCAGUCGCAGUUUGAAUUCAGACCGAUGAUGCCGCCGCGCAACACCGAGCCGGAGAUCUUCACUUUCGAGCGGAUCCCGGAGCCGCAGCAGCCGGCGUUCCCUCCCCGCGGAGCCCCGGUGCGCCCGCGCAAGAGGAACACGCGCGUCAUGUACCCCUCCAAAGUGCGCAAAUAUCUGCCACCGGCCGAGAAAAGCCCCGCCAAACGCUGGCUGAUCAUCCUGUGCCUGGUGGUCUUCAUGCAGAUCUACACUGAGGAGGGAUCCGUUGAGACCACGCAGAGUGAAGGACCGACUUCAUACAAUGUUCUCUCCUUCCAGUCUGCUGACGAGCAAACCAGACAAAUGAUGGGCAACUGUCCCAAGGACUCGAGCCUGGUGUCUCAUCAGCAGCUCAAGUCCAGCAGCGAGGAGCAGAAGGACAUCUCUUGGCUUCUGAACACUACAUGCCCGAGCUCAAACUUGGAGGAGGACAUCAACACUCUCUACCAGCAGAGCAGGAGGAAUGGAUACGUGGUGGCCCUUCUCUACCCAGUGUACCAUAGACUUGGCGCAGAAAACUGAACUCAGAAUCAAGUCUGUGGACUAAUCAAGUUCACUGAACCUUCUUGAAAAAGAAAAAAACAGCCUCCCGUGGCACUCAAGUCAUGCCUGAAGAACCCGGCUAGACUCCACAGAGCGGGACGAAGUGACGAAAAACACAAGCUGAGGAGACACCUGAUGGACUUGAAUGACGAAGAAACUUUAGAAUGGAAUGAAACUUGAACGGCUCAUUUAGAUGUUUCACUUGAAGUGUACAGAUUUACCAUGUAGCCUCACAAGUAGACCUGUUUGUUGUAUGUCUAAACUCAUGAGGGUGUCGCAGUGACCAUUUGUGUUGCUGAACGCUGCCGCUCGCACAAAUACUUGAAUCUCACAUUGAAGAUUUUGAUGAGUGUUAAAUGAAGAAAUAUUUGUUGUAGCUAUUUAUUUAAUGUUAUUUAUUUAUUGUUAUUUGCUUAUUUAUUUCCUACUGUCUUGUGAAAUUAAACUGACAUUUGCAUCUUCAAUUCUCAUUUACUUUUUCAUUGUCUUCUUGAAAUAUUAUUAGCUGUGCUGUAAAAUACAGUGAAGAACAAAACUGAAACAAGAAAAAUGGACAAAUAUUUGACUUGUGAUGACGUGUAUAAAUGCAUGAAUAUUUAUGCCGAUAUGGCUCUUUAAAAAGUGGAUUUGAUUGAAAUGUUAUAGCAGAAAUACUUUGCUAACUACUCUACUACAAUUACGAGUAACAUAAUAUUAACACAAGCUAUGAAUAUUAUGAGCACUAUAAAAAUGAAAAUGUUUGUGUUACAAUGAUUUUCAUUUAAUAAAUACAUUUGAAUUGA